GUCUGUUUGGAGAGGAAGAGAGGCUUGGGUGACAGGCAAGGCGUGGGGGAAGAGUUCAGCCUGAGUCAGACUCAUUCACUGAUUUCUCGGCGGCUGGACCGAUGCUACCUCCCCAGGUAGCUCCCAAAUACUCUCUUACCGACCCAGUCCACGCCUCUCCCGGUUGCACUCUCAACAAGCUAGACUGACCGACAGACUCCAGAGUUGGCAUCUUUGCGCCCGAGGGUGUCGCCAGCCGAGGCGGCGAGGACAGCACGCCUCUGGCCCAGCCAGAAGGGCGGGAUGCAGCGCAGGCAUCAGCGCUAAGCGCCCCACGCUGGGCACCCGGCGUUCUUGCUCCGGGCGGCCUGCCGAGCGGCGGCGGAGGGGAUGCGCCCGGGACGCUCAAGGCUCCUUCUGCAAGCUGCCGCCCCGAGGUGGACCCCGAGCAGAGCUCAUCACAGGACCGCGAGGACCCCUGCCCCCCGGGGCACUAGGCUGCGGAGCCGGAGCCUCGGGGCCGAGUCUGCGGUCAGGAUGCCCUGGGCGCCUCCCUGCUUGUGAGGAUGUCCUGCUGCGCGGCUCUGGAUCCCCCAGCCCCGGUCCCUGGUGGGCACGACUGCGUGGGCCUGACUUCGGCCCUUAGUGCUGGUGGAUGAAAAGCUCCGGAGUCCUUGAAUGCGAUCAACGAUCGAAUUUGAAUUCUAAGAGCCAUGGAUGGGGGCACUGGGCUGCAGCCCCAGGCGGGAGGGCAGCUCGAAGCCCGGGCCACAGUAGGAGCUGUCCAACAGAAAUGUGAACCAGAGACCUUUAGAUCCAAGAGUUUACCCGCCCUGAACAGCACCUCCUGUCGGCCAGAUCUCAACCCUGCUAGUGUAGGUGCCAAGUCAGGCUGUACAGAUUCUUCGGGCCACCAGGAGUUGAAACAGGGCCUGAGCAGGUUGGCCCCCAGCCUCUCCGCCCCGUCCACUUCCACAGAGAUGGCGGGGCUCGUGGACUGCAACCACAGAGUGGAUGUCUGCAAAGCCAUGUCGGUGUCCUCCACUUUGGCCACGCUUCAGGGAAGAAGGUGUCUCUAUGUGGUCCUCACUGAUUCCCGUUGCUUCCUGGUUUGCAUGUGCUUUCUGACCUUCAUCCAGGCGUUAAUGGUCUCGGGGUAUCUGAGCAGCGUCAUCACCACCAUCGAAAGGCGCUACAGUCUGAAAAGUUCUGAGUCAGGGCUCCUGGUUAGCUGUUUUGACAUCGGAAGCCUGGUGGUGGUGGUGUUUGUCAGCUACUUUGGUGGCCGGGGUCGGCGGCCCCUGUGGCUGGCCGUGGGUGGGCUGCUCAUUGCCAUCGGGGCCGCCCUCUUCGCCUUACCACACUUCAUCUCGCCUCCCUACCAGAUCCAGGAGUUGAAUGCCUCGGCCUCCAAUGAUGGCCUGUGUCAGAACGGCAACUCCACAGGGACUUUGGAGCCUCCUGCCUGCCUGAAGGACCCGGGAGGAAAUAAUCACUGGGUCUAUGUGGCUUUAUUCGUUUGCGCACAGAUUCUUAUUGGAAUGGGCUCCACACCUAUUUAUACCCUGGGACCAACCUACUUAGAUGACAAUGUCAAGAAAGAAAACGCAUCCUUGUAUCUAGCCAUCAUGUAUGUCAUGGGAGCUCUUGGUCCUGCAGUGGGAUAUUUAUUAGGUGGACUUCUUAUUGGUUUUUAUGUUGAUCCCAGAAAUCCUGUUCACCUUGACCAGAAUGACCCUCGUUUCAUUGGAAACUGGUGGAGUGGAUUCCUCCUUUGUGCCAUUGCAAUGUUUCUUGUGAUAUUCCCAAUGUUUACUUUUCCAAAAAAGCUUCCACCUCGACACAAGAAAAAGAAAAAGAAAAAAUACUCUGUUGAUGCUGUUAGUGAUGAUGACGUUAUGAAGGAAAAAUCAAACAAUACUGAGCAAGUGGACAAAAAAGUUUCUUCUAUGGGAUUUGGAAAGAAUGUCAGAGACCUACCAAGAGCAGCUGUCAGGAUCUUAAGCAACAUGACAUUCCUUUUUGUGAGUUUGUCAUACACAGCUGAGAGUGCCAUUGUCACUGCUUUCAUUACCUUCAUUCCCAAGUUCAUCGAGUCACAGUUUGGUAUCCCGGCUUCCAAUGCCAGCAUCUACACUGGUGUUAUUAUUGUCCCCAGUGCCGGUGUUGGUAUUGUUCUGGGAGGCUACAUUAUAAAAAAAUUGAAGCUUGGUGCAAGAGAAUCUGCAAAACUAGCAAUGAUCUGCAGUGGUGUGUCUUUACUGUGUUUUUCAACCCUGUUCAUUGUUGGAUGUGAAAGUAUUAAUCUAGGAGGCAUAAACAUCCCUUAUACAACGGGGCCCUCUCUUACCAUGCCUCACAGGAACCUGACCGGAAGCUGUAAUGUUAACUGUGGUUGUAGGACGCAUGAGUACGAGCCAGUCUGUGGAUCAGAUGGAAUUACAUACUUUAACCCCUGUCUGGCUGGCUGUGUUAAUAGCGGUAAUCUUAGCACUGGGAUAAGGAAUUACACUGAAUGCACCUGUGUCCAAAGCCGGCAAGUGAUUACUCCGCCCACAGUGGGACAGCGCAGUCAGCUCCGCGUGGUUAUUGUCAAAACAUAUCUCAACGAGAAUGGCUAUGCUGUGUCUGGGAAGUGCAAACGGGCCUGUAAUACCCUCAUUCCAUUCUUAGUUUUUCUUUUCAUAGUCACCUUCAUCACAGCCUGUGCCCAACCAUCAGCCAUCAUAGUAACACUCAGGUCUGUAGAAGAUGAGGAGAGACCUUUUGCUCUGGGAAUGCAAUUUGUUUUAUUGCGAACGCUUGCAUACAUUCCUACUCCAAUUUAUUUUGGAGCAGUUAUUGACACCACCUGCAUGCUCUGGCAACAGGAAUGUGGAGUGCAAGGCUCUUGCUGGGAAUACAAUGUGACGUCAUUUCGUUUUGUCUACUUUGGUUUGGCUGCUGGCCUCAAAUUUGUUGGCUUUAUUUUUAUUUUUCUGGCCUGGUAUUCCAUUAAAUACAAGGAGGAGGCACUGCAGCGGCAAAGGUGGAGAGAAUUCCCGCUGGGCACUGUGAGCGAGAUCGUGGGCCACCCCGACGGUGCCGACAAGUACGCCCGGACUAGAUCUUGCCCUGUUUUCAGCACCCAGGGAGAAUUCCAUGAAGAGACUUGUCUGCGAAAAGGGAUCCAAUGCACAGCACAGACCUAUCCAGGGCCCUUCCCAGAAGCAAUAAGUUCCUCCCCAGACCCGAGGCUGGAAGAGAGUCCUGCUGCCGUGUAGCCUUCCUCCUGAAACUUGAAAAUGGAAGACUUUAGUUUUGUUGGUUGAGUUGAAUAUUGGCGACUCGAGAAACACCGUGCCUUUUUCUCUUUCUUUCCUUUUUUAACCUCUAAAGACAACAAUCCUCAAACCAACAAAGCUCAGUAUACACAGCCACUAUUGAAUGAGGGCUGGAUACCUCAAGGAGACUGAGAACAUUUCUCCCAAUUCUCUCCAAGAAGGAGGAGUUUAGGUAGACUUGUUACCAUUUCCACUAUGUUAAUUUCAUGCUCCUGCUCCAAUACAUAUAAGGCCAAGGCACAUGGUUAACAAAAUCAUGGAAGUGUAAUGGCGGUGCAUCUCAUUAGUGUAUACUCUACACAAAGGUGAGCUUGACCAUGGCUUUGCAUUUACAACUCAAAAAGUUUUUAGAUCUGAACACCUACUGUGAGUUCUGCUACAAAGCACAAAUGAAUUUGCCUCAACUAUGCAAUUUGAUUGGGAAAAUAAGUGCAGCAUGUUACUUUUGCUUUCAGAGACUACAGCAGAUACGUUUUUGAAAAGAGGAAGCUCUUUAAAGUACUGUUAAUAGCAUUUUAAGCCAUAGCAGAGUUACAAAUCAAGUAGGAUUUUUCAAAUGCUUCAAAGGAACCAUAUGCAUAGUGUGAUAAAAGGAACAGCUACUUCAUUUCAUGAAACACAUUCUUUUAGUCUGUCUGCCCCCCUCAUAGGGUAGUUAAGCAGGCUGCUUAAAACAUCUGAUAGCUUG